UCCAGAGUCUGCAGUGCCUGAUCGCGCUAACCCAAAAGAUCUAUAUAAGAGGCAAAGAGGACAAAAGGACCAAACUGCAAGGCAGUGAGGAUAACUUCAAAAAAAGCUGCACUGGACAAGUGAGCAAGGGUCAAAUUCUAUGAGGGGACUUCAGGCAUACGAAAAAAAUCACCUUCAGCAGAACAGCAGCUGGUCCCGAGCUUAAAAGCGGGGAGAGGAGAGGGGAAGAGGGGCUGGACAGCAAAAAAAAAAAAAAAAGGAGCAGAGAAAAAAGUGACUGGAAUGAUAAGAUGAGAAGCAGGCAUGUGCUCCUGAAGCUCCCCCCUAAUGAGGCCCUUCUGCAACUCCUGCUUGUGUUGUUGCUGGGGUUGCAUGUUCUAGCUGUGUGCCCCUCCAUGUGCUCCUGCAACCGCAGUCACAGGGAGGUAGACUGCUCCUGGAGGGGGCUGAGACAGUUGCCCCAUGGCUUGCAGCACAACAUGCAGUCCCUCAACUUGUCCCACAACCGAUUUCACAACCUGGACGGCCAGCUCACCGCAUACACCCAUCUCCGCUCCCUUGAUUUGUCUCACAACCGGCUGAGCCACCUGCCCACCGGCUUGCCUCGUUCCCUCUGGCAUCUCUACGCCACCUCCAAUCGCCUCCAGUUGCUGGACAAGAACGAUACCGUCUUCCAGUGGAAUCUGCGAUUGCUGGACCUCUCCAACAACAAGCUGGAGCGAGCCAUCUUCAUCAACAAUACACUGAUCAAUCUGUGCACGCUCAACCUAAGCCACAAUCACUUCUGGACUUUGCCCACCAACCUGCCUGUACACCUGGACACUAUUGACCUGUCCCACAAUUUGCUUGUGAAGGUGCUGUCGGGCUCUCUGGACCGGCUCCUCAGAUUAACUCACUUCUAUCUGCAUGCUAACCGCUUUUCCACACUGCCCAUUGGAGUGUUUGACAAGACAACAUCACUCAGAGUCAUUACUCUGGGGGACAACCCUUGGGCCUGCCACCUUUAUGAUGACAUCAGCUACUUACUCUCCUGGACUCAACAUACCCCUGCUCACGUCCUGGGCUGCCCUUGCCACACCCAGCCCGUCUGUGGAGGGGUCCGCCCUGGCAGGACUGGAGGGUGGCACUUUGCCUCCUACAACCUGCCCCCUCUGGCAGCGAGUGCCCAGGACCUGAGCUCCAUGCCCCCUGAAGCCAGUGUGACCGGUUGGUGGUACUUGUCUGUUUCUGCUCUGCUAAGCACCUCACACAACCCCAAAGAGACCUGGAACACGCCACACCACCCCUUCACAGUCACACCCAUCAGCAUCUCCACCCAGCCACCCAGAAGCACAGACACACAUCUCACCAUUAAUCACUUUUCUGCACCUGCUAGCCCAGCUGCCGGAGAGCACAUGUUCCACACUGAUGCCCAUCUCAUCUCUGGCACAAAGGAAACCUCACCUGCCGACACAUCCCCUUUUUCUGACACAAGCUUUGUUACUGACACACCCACCAGGGCUGACAUGACGCUGGCUACAGACAGAUUCUUUACAACAGAGAGCCUCUCCGUCCGAACAAAGAAGACAACCACUCUUCGCACCAGGAGUGUGAGGAGGCAAAAUCAGUCUCUUCCCAGUGGUGUCAGCAACUGCAGCCUGGAUGCUUUUGCUGCCUGCUCCUCGCUCCCUCUCCUACACAGCCUGGGGCUUCUUUCUCUCGUUCUGCAACAAAUCCUUUGAAAGACGAAGACUGACAGCUCAGUGCUAAGCAUAUGCAUUUACAGCACAAACAAAUAGAGCACAGAUAAGAGCCUGUUGACUGUUGUGGUACUGUUAUGUUUGUAUAUUACCAGCUCUCUCAGCAAAAGGCCAUUUACAAUACAACAGCUCAAAUACAAAGUUCUCUUAAUUCCUGCUACCCUGAGUAUGAUGCUACUUUUAUGAUAGUAAGUCAAAAAAGCAAUGUGUUACCUUUUUAACACUUUUUACAAGCCUGGACUCGAAUGCACUGUCACUGAUUUAACAUUGUAAUGAAUAUAGCUAAGCACAUGGUGGCACUAUACAUUCAGGUAGCAGUUUAUUAUGUAACUGAAUGUAGCCUGGUGCUCAUCUGCAACUACUGUCUACCCUUUUCAAGGCUGUCCAGCACACAUUAUGACCUAAAAAUUGUUGUAUAUCUUUUAUUUUUCUAAAACUAUUGGCUGGGUUCGACUGAUGUUGUCUUGGUGAUAUUAUGGUCAAUUUAUUUUAUUUUAUUGUAUUGGCUUUCAAGCAUACAUGACAAGUUUUAAUUAACUUAUUUUGACUCUUUAUAGAUGUCCUCGAUGCCUGCCUGCUUGUUUCAUGUAACAAACCAUAUCACUCACCAGAGGAGCAAUAUUUUUUGAAGACAGGGUGUCUGUAAGGAACUGGUCAUGACAUGUAGCCUAUACCAAACAGGGAACAACAGAGACUGGAGCGGAGGGGAAAACAAAUGCACAAUGUUGCGUCACUAUCUUUAACAAACUCUGAGUGCCGAGUACUGCUUCUGUAUUUUGAUCACAUCUCAGACUUAAGUGUCCUUCAUGAUUCAGUGACGCUCGUGAAAAUGAUCUGCAUGGUGAUUGAGCGUUCCAGGAAUGCUAACCUACUGCUAUAUUGCCGCAGAGCAUCAAAGCGCAGACAUUCUCAGCUUAUUUAUAUGAAAUGUUAAGAUAUUCCAAUUUUGCUUGCAUAAAGCAUAGAUGACAGUGAUGUGGCAGCCUACGGGUUUUUACAUUUUAGAAAUACCUUUGCAUAUGGCACCAAAAGGUGCCUCAAAAGUAGGAAAUGCAUCUCAGCAAGCUGCAUUAUUUUGAUAAAGUUAAGAGGAAUACAGUGCCAGAUAAGCACUUUCUGUAAAGUUAAAUAAAAUGUACGUUGAGUUAUGUACACUUUUUUAUGAUUGAUUGAAUUUUGCCUCAUCUGCCUUUUUACACCACAGUUUUCACCUCAGGGGAGGUCAGACAAAAAGCUAUUUUAUUUUUUUGACAUAGGUAGGGGCUGAGGUAGUUGUUUAAUUAUCAAAACAAAUCUGUUUUUAAGUUUAUUAAUUGAAGGAAGGUUCACCAAGCAUGAAAGCGCUUAUUCCAGUCAGACCUCGCUUUGCAGUUUAUCACACCUGGAAACUACCCAGAGUACACAUUAUCUGUUGGUCACUAAGCAAUCAUUCUGAAAUUCUCAGUUAAAAAAAAAAAAAUAAUCAUCUGCUGUAUGGACAAAUACAUUGUGGAACAGAAACUAGAACAUUAUAGUGUCUUCUUUCUAUGUGAACUUUAUUGAUGUCAUGCAGAGAAGUGAGAAAAUUUCACAUGCAGGAACAUCUGUGACGGAGAAAGCAGGGCUCCAUCCCCGCACUCUGUGCCACAGGGAGGUGUGGGCCUGGAGAACAGGUGACCCUGUGGUUCAGCAGGGCACAGCCUCGAAGAGCAAUAUGCAAUCACUGUCACCACCCACACUGUGAAUAAUAAACAUCUGAUGUAAUGCCAGUUGGGCCAUGGAUCAUACCUGAGCAUCUAGCCAAAAAAUGGAAGAAUAGAAAUCCAUAAAAUACAUUGCCUUGUAUAAAGAAUUCUUACUGACACAGGAAAUUAAAAAUACAAUACAACUGGAUAAAUAGACAGAUAUUAUGUAGUUGAUGAUAAUUUAGGAAAGACUAAUGUAUCAUUCUUAAGAUUUACUGAAUGGAAAGAAUAAAUACAAGUCAGAAAAAGUGAACAACUGAUGAUAUUAUCUGCAUACCAGCCCUCUAACUGAAAACUCAAACACCUGCUGAAUAAAGUGUGUGUAUUUAUAGCUUAGAAGCAGAAGCCAAAACAGAAAGAAACUUGUGGUUGCUGCGCAGUUUAUUUAUAAGUAUGAUUAAAAGCUCAAAGAAAGUUAA